GCUGCAGUACGACCUUGUAGACCAGCGUAGAAGAGAGAAGACAAGAAGACCCUUCAGACUCUUAACAGUCAUCCGGAGCUUCUGAAGAUGGCUGCGGUACCCGGUGUUGCCGAUCCAAAACCAAUGGACCAGCACUGUGCCUGCCGUACCCAGAACCCACCGUCCACAUUCCACAAGCCAGGGAUUCCUGCAGUUCUUUCGGGAGGUCGUCAACGUGGCAUCAGGGCUGUACCCCGUCAAGGCGCAUGCCGUCAACCAGGGGCGCCCAGGAUACGAGAUGUGCUUCGUGCCCGUCGCUGGAGGAGGCCAGCCGCCAGCCGUCCUGAACUCCCACAACACCCCAGCAUCCCAGGUCCGCGAGGCGGUUCUCGACCUGUGCAUCCGCAAUGGAAUCGGCGAACCCAGGGCCGAGAGACAUUCCCAGUCUGCACUGCGGGCCAUCGGCGUGGACGACGAGAACACGUACUGGGUGACCACACCACCUCGUCGGCCGCCACCUGCCGCUUGGGGACCUCCGGCUCGCCGACCUGCAGUUCCACACCCAGACCUGUACCAACUCAGCGAGUGGGGCCGGCCCAGCAUCGUGUGGCGACUCUGGUGUCCAACAACCUGCGUGUCCUGCAGACCGCGCUCAGCAUACCCCGAGAAAGUUGCAGCCGCUGGAGGAGCGCGUGGAGGACAGGGGAAGGGGCGCAAGAGGAAGGCCUCUUCCCGGCGAAGCAGCGCCCAAGUUCAACCGGGGCCUGCUUCGAUAACUCCAAGAUUGGCCACCUCCCCGGGAAAGAGUGGGUACCGUCACAAACGUCGCACUUGUGAGGUGGAAAAGUUAUUGUGUGACACCCUAAGG